GUUAUCUUCAUGAGGUCAUGAACCUCCAACAGUAUGAUGGCACUUAAACACGCAAUUUUCUUCUUAUCAUUUGUUUACGUACACGCCGAUUGUCCGGAUGGUUGGCACCAUUACAGUGCAUCCUGUUAUUACAUCAGCAAAAACGUCCAUCUCAGCUGGCCUGAAGCUUCUGUUGAGUGAUUGUAAAGCGUUGAGUGCGAACCUUGCAGUUGUUGACGAUCGAGACACGUUGAACUUUCUGUUUUCAAAGAUUAAUCCAUCACAUCAAAAACCACAAAAUGGAGUUUGUCAAACAAACGCUGACUACUGGAUUGAUGGUACCGACCAAGUUGUGGAAGGACAUUGGAUUUGGGCGACAUUUUCAAACCCAAUAGAAGGUAAUUUCUGGUGUCCAGGGAAUCCUAGUAAUAGCGGUGGACAUGAAGAUUGUUUGGAGUUCAAAGAUGGCCACUGGAAUGAUGAUGUAUGUACCAACCGGCAGCCAUUUAUUUGUGAAAUGGAAUAUCCCGUUGGUGGACAAGCUAUCAUUGGUUAGAAGCGAACAAAAGGAAGAGUGUCGAAGUUACUUUUUGACAUUAAACAUUAUAUUUUGAAUAUUUUAAAGUAUUUUCUUCAGUUUACCUAGCUGUAUAUACUCUCGGAGACAAACAGUCCACC